CGACAAGGAUGCGUGUUCGUGAUUCGUGACCGUCCAUUGUUCUUUACCGAUGUUAAUUAGUUAUUUGCGUUACCUUAAGGCCAACCGAGUUCAUACACUCGUGCUUCAAGCUUUUUAUUUCGUUUUCUGACUUCUCGUCACGUUAAAUUCCUCCGGCCUUUUGAUGAGCGUAUCGCGAUCGUUUACAACUCACACGGUCGCGGUAGGUUGCAGAGAAGAUUUACAUGGAUGAGAACACUGCGCUGGUGUUAGCACUCCAGCUGGUGGCAUUAUUCUCAAUCGCAGGCGCUCUCCUGUUGUAUCUGCUAUGCAAAAUCCGUAACGGUGCUGCCACAGAUGUCUUGGAUGCAGGUGUUCCAGGUGCUGGAAAGCCGGUUCUGGUCACCUCGGCCGAUAAUGCCAUAGGACUUCAGAUCGCCCUCCAUUUGGCAAGCCGCGGCUUCCGGGUGUUUGCCGGCCUGCGUGACGGCGCUGCUUCCGGUUCCGGCGCGGAUUCCGCAUCUGCGCGGGUCAUCCGCGCAUGGCAGAAGCAUCGCGAAAGUGCGCCUGCGCCUGGGGUGUUGGUCGCGCUGCCACUAGAUGUAACCAGAGAGGACCUGUUGCACGAGGCCGGGGACAUCAUCAGAGCGCACUUACCCGCCGGAGAGGAUGGCAUAUGGGCUGUGGUGAACACAAGUGGCCUUUCCUUCAGAGGUAGACUAGAUCAGCAAGAUAUUUCACAUUGGGAUGCGAUGCUGAAAACCAACGUAGUCGGUAUUCUGCGAACGGCACGGAAAUUCCAGGGCCUACUUCGUAACGCUAAAGGCCGUAUUAUCACAAUUGGUGCCACAGAUCACUUAGGAGCAGGUCUAGUUGCUUACAUGGCCAGUAGAUAUGCUGUUGAAGGUGCCAGCAAAGCGUUGAGACACGAAUUCUCGCCACUGGGCAUUCAGGUAGUUACCAUCAACCCCCAAGGCAUUAUGCCGGAACUGUUGUUCUCAACCCCGAAGAUAAACAGCACUGAGGGGAAAGAAACGUCAGUGGAUAUGAGUGGUGUGAUGGAGUAUCAACCGACAGUUCUUUCCAAAAGAGCACUACAAAUCCUCGAUAUUGCCAUAACGACCAGGAAGCCCAAGUGCAGCUACAGUUUGGAAGAGAAGAUGUGGUGUAAACCGUUUGAGAUUUUGAAAAUUGUUUAGAUGUAAUAAGUUGUUCGUAAGCGUAUUAUUGGUGCUUGUAUCGGUAAAUGCGACGUAAAUAUAAGUACAGCGACGUCUAUUAUGCCUUACUGAAGUAAUAUGAAUAUUUUAUAUUAUGAUUUCUAUUUCAAGGACGUGUGAGUGGGAUAACUUCAGUUCUCGAAACUAUAGAAGAAGUAAAAUAACGGACCAAAAUGCAUUUCGUCAAGUUUGUGCUUUGACAAGAAAUGUUUUCUGUUAUCCGUGUUACCUUAUAGGAUAUACUAAAUUUUACUACAAUCUUAACUACAUAUUUUAGGUUACUCCAUAACUACUACGUGCAAGUUUUUUAUUAUCUAAGAAAUUUAAAGAUUUUUUGUCUAUAUUGAAUUAGAAUAUCGAUAUAUUUUAACAGUGUUUGAAGACGUGCCCCAAAUCUUUAUGGUUAUUCACGGAAUGAUUUCUCUUCCAUAUUGACAUGCACCCAUUUUAUAUCAGCUAUUUAUGUAUUGAAUUUCAAUACCUCGUUAAUUUUGACAAGACAGUCAAUUUUGUAAAUAAUUAGGGUAACGUGCUAUGUAUUGUGUUACUUUGAUUAAUUAUAUUGAAUAUACAAUAUUUUCAUACUGUAGCGUUUUUCUGUGUUCUUCUGGGUGUGGAUUAAAACAUUGGAUUCCACAAAAAGAAAUGCACUGAUUUAUUUAACUUGAUAGAACAUUUAUAGACACCACUAUUUAUGUCUGACUAACUCUUAUAUC